CAGCGAGACGCGGCAAAUUCGUCGCAUUUCAACUCAUCCGAAAAUCUGAGUCUGUGAAGCGGAAACAUUUCGUUUUAUUUUGAAACGCAUACUGGGAGGUAGCACGGUUCAACACAACUGUGGGCGUGAGGACGUGAGUGAAAAGCAGGAUAACGGGAAACGUCCCUGUUUAGGAAAUACAUCAAACAGUUGCGAACGUGUCUCGCCUCCACGCUUUGAAGUGGUGGGGAACAUCUGCUUCUUUUUGUAAGAAUGCACAGUAGGAGGUAGAGUGUGUCUCAAUUUCACUCCAACUCCCAACACGACAGUGAAGAAGUUGUUCCCCCUUUUGGUAUUUUGUCAAGAUACCCCUACUCCGCUCCAGAGAGAUGGCAAACAUGUGCCCUUACGGCCAGUUCACCCACGCAGUGGUGCGAGGCAUCCCAGAGACCUUUGGGAAGAUGGUGGGUGACAACGGCGAGAACAAGGAAGUUUCAGUGGACUUGGCCAAGGCCCAGCGUCAGUUCGGCUGCCUGACGGGGGCGCUGAGGCAGAAGGUGGGCCUGCAGCUGAUCGAGAUCCCUCCCGAUCCGGAGCUGCCGAUGAGCUGGAAGAUAGAGGACGUGGCGGUGAUCCAAGGUGACACGGCGCUCAUCACCAGGCCCUUCAGACAGCAAAGGCGCAGCGAGGUGGAGGCGGUGCGCAGGGUGAUGUCCGAGCUCAACCUGACCGUGGUGGAGAUGGGCGGGGCACCGGGGGACUGUGAUGGGGCCACGCUGGAAGGCAGCGACGUCCUCUUUACAGGGAGGGAGUUCUUCGUUGGAAUCUCUUCCCACACCAAUCACAAGGGAGCAGAGGUGCUGGCGGACACGUUUCGGGAUUUUUCCGUGUCCACCGUGCCAGUCUGCGGUGGGAUUCGACUGAAAAACAUCUGCUCCAUGGGAGGCGCCAAUACCAUCGUCAUCAGCAACAGCGAAGGGGCCAAGAAGACUCUGCGGAUGGUGGAACAGCUGACAGACCACCACUACGAAGUUCUGACUGUGCCCGAGCAAUCUGCAGCAAACUGCAUCUACAUAAAGGGGCCAUCCAAGAGGGACUUCCUGAUCCACAGGCCAGCGGAUGAAUGCCCUGACAGUGUGGUUGCAUUCCAGAAGCUGCAGGACUACACCUUCUUGCCUACGGCCUGCAGCGAAGCCGCCAAACUCGGAGCCUCUCUGUCCUCGCUUUGCCUCCUCAUCAAUAAGAAGCACACAUAUUUCUGACUGUCGAUGCAAAACCGAUCACGGUGGGAGGAGGGGGUCUCUUCACAGCAUGUUACUGGGCAAAAAUCCUCAUUGUUGGAGGAAACGGUGAGUAAGAGUUAUUAGUAGUGCACCUUUCGUUCCAAGUCAACUUGCAUCAGUCGGGUUAGAACGCCGCACCUUUUAAUGUCACGAUUUCUGGUCCUGUUAGUUCAGACGUUUCACCAGUGCCCACUUUUUGUCAACUUUUUUUGAUUAAAAGAAACUCAACAUUU